AUGGGUGGUCUCUAUGACAACUUGAUAUCAACAAUGCGUUCUUGCAAGGCCAUCUCUUUGAUGUCCCAACCCCUAUCUUUUGUUGAUAAUGACUAUCCCACUAAUAGGUCAUAUUUGUAUCUUUUGGUUUAUGUUGAUGACAUUAUUGUUACUGGUGAUAAUGACAAUUUGGUUCAACGGUUUGUUCAUUUAUUUUCUCAUCAAUUUUCACUUACGGAUCUUGGAGAGCUAUCUUAUUUUCUUGGUAUAGAGGUUAUUCAAAAUGCUCGUGGUAUCUUGCUCUCUCAAAGACAUUAUACUAUGGAUCUUCUUGCUCGAACAAACAUGAUAGAUGUUAAGCUGUUUUACCGUGAUUCUCCAUUUCCUAUACAUGCCUUUUUUUAUGUUGAUUGGGCUGGCAACAAAGAUGAUUUUUCUUCUACCAGUGCUUAUGUUGUUCAUCUUGGUUGCAAUCCAAUAUCUUGGAGUUCAAAGAAGCAACAUACAAUUGUUAGAUCUUCUACUGAGGAUGAAUAUAGAGCCGUUGCUUCUACUGCUGCUGAGCUCAACUGGUUCAAGUCAGAUUUUCGAGCUAUUAGAAAUGUACCAUUAACAGAUAAUUCACAUCCUGGUAUGGCAUCGGGAGACAGUUCCUCAAGCACCCCUACAUUAGAUGAUGUCGACGAUUGUGUUACGGUAAGAGCAGUCGAUCGGCGUAACAUUUAUGGAAGCACAUGUGAUACCGAGCAAAGUGUGAGUAGCCUCGAAAAUGUUGAGAAUGAUAAUCAACUAAAGAGGAAGAAGAGAGCGAAGACAUCAGUUGUGUGGUCAGAAUUUACAGAGGUGGUUCUCCCUGGUGGUAUAAGGAAGGGAGAGUGUAUUCAUUGUAAAACAAAGUUGAAAAUCACUGGUGGCUAUAAUGUCUUGCCUGCUCUAUGGGGCCAAUUCAGUAUGCUGAAGAUGAGGGAGUUUAUUGCACAUUGGGUGUUGAUGCAUGAGCAUCCAUUUUCUAUUGUGGAGGAAGAGGCGUUGAACAACAUGAUGAAGUACGGGAUUCCUGAAUGGACUCCGAUAUCCCGUAAUACUUGUAAGAAUGAUUGUAUGAAAGUGUUUGAAAGUGAGAGACAGAAGUUGCUGACCCAAUUGAAGGGUGUUAGGAAGAUAAGUCUAACCACAUAUUUAUGGCAUUCAGGCAACCAGAGGAUGGAAUACAUGGUUUUGACUGGGCAUUGGAUUGAUGAUCAUUGGAAGUUUAAUAGAUGGGUGUUAAACUUUAUUCAUUUCCCUCCUCCCCGUUCUGAUGUUGCCAUUGCUGAUGCAAUUUUCAAGUGUUUGAUGGAUUGGGAAAUUGAAGCUAAGGUCCAUACGAUAUCGGUGGAUAAUGCUUCAAGCAAUGAUGUUGCAGUAAAAGUGUUGAAAGAUAAUUUCCAAGUUAUAGGGAAGCUCAUAUGUGGUGGCAAGAUGUUUCAUGUGAGGUGUUGUGCACAUAUCUUGAACUUGGUUGUUCAAGAUGGUCUUUAUCAUAUUAGACACAUUAUUGAGGACAUCUGUGAUACUGUGUCGUAUAUCAAUUCAUCGGAGAGUAGACUAAAGGUGUUUGCAGAGAUUGUUCAACAGCGCCGAUUGCCAUUUCGCAAACUUAUUCUUGAUUGCAAAACGCGAUGGAAUUCAACAUACGAUAUGUUGACAACAGCAAUGCAAUUUAGGCUUGUUUUCCCUUGUUUAAAAGAGAGGGAUUUGAGUUAUCAUUAUUGUCCCAAGGAGGAAGAUUGGGACAAAGUUGAGAAAAUUUGUCCUAUUUUGAAGGUGUUUAGUGCUGCGUUGAAUCUGAUAUCGGGGAGUGAUUAUCCGACAUCAAACUUGUUUCUAAAACAAGUUUGUACAAUAAAAAUUAUGUUGGAUAGUAAGAGUCGGGAUGGCGAUCAGUUUAUACAGACCAUGAUUUUGAAAAUGAAAGAAAAGUUUGACAAAUAUUGGGGAGAAUGUAAUCUAUUGAUGGGUGUGGCUUCUAUUUUGGACCCCAGAUUGAAGAUGAGGGUAAUUGAAUGGGCGUUCCCUAAGAUGUAUUCUCAGGCUGAAUCGCAGGCAAAUAUGGAUGUUGUUCGAGAUGCCUUGUAUGAGGUAUAUAGGGAGUAUGUUGAUGCCAGUAAAGCAUCGACAGCUGCUUGCGCUUCUACAUCUACAGGGGGUGCAAUUCAGGAGGUUGGUGAGGGGUCAGGGGAAGCGGCAGAGAUGGCGAAAAAUUGGGAUGAUUUUAGUAAGUAUCUGGAUGUGGUUGAGACGGUUGAGCCAACGAAAUCGAAGUUAGACUGUUACCUGGGAGAGGGAUGCCAUAAAUGUGUUGGGGACGCUACGACAUUUGAUGCUUUGACCUGGUGGAAGGCUAACUCAACAAAGUUCCCUAUCUUGUCUACCAUGGCUCGAGACAUAUUAGCCAUUCCUAUUACUACGGUUGCUUCUGAGUCUGCUUUCAGCGCCGGCAGUAGGGUUAUUGACACGUACUAA